AUGCCCGACAACGAUUCCCCGGACAACUUCUUCGUCCGGUUCAAGCAAAAGGUUGACGAUCAUGUCGCCUCGGCUUUCCAGAGAGUCCUGGGCAUUCCCACCGCAGUGUCCCGCCUCAACAGCAGCUGGCCCGAGCCUCCCCGACCGUCCCAGAUAGACAAGAAUGGGCGCAGAAGCACAACAGCAUCAGAUGACAGCGGCGCUACAGAUGCCGUCCAGCCCCACGAGUCGUUCUCGCAGUACCCCCACCGGAGCGUGUUCGACCUUUUCUCGUCAAUGUCGCCAAUGCAGGCGCUUUUCGAGGCUGACAAGCUCACAGAGUCCCUGUACCAGGUCAUGUGGAUUUCGUUUCUCAUCGACUCGCCAUACUCGCCGUUGCGGCUCCAUGACCUGCCGCAGCCCACCCCCAAGGACCUCCCCGAGGGCGUUGAUCCGACUCUGUUUGGUUUCGAGGAUGCGUUCGAGGACCUGCUCAUGGUCAGCAGCGGCCAAGGCUUGCCGGACAUCAACGAACGGGUCCGCUUCCGGAAGGAGUGCCGCGAGUCCUUCCCCCGGGGGUUGCCACCGAUCCUCUGGCUUCACCAACUCACUCGUCAGGGCCUGUGGGAUGGCUGGCUCACGAGGCCCGAGGUACUAGACGGGGCCGUGAGUGAACGGUGGCGGCGGUGGUUGCAAGAGCAGGAUGACCCUUUCCAUGAAGGUAGAUCGCUGCCCGCCCCGAAUCAGCCAUCGCCCAAGGAGCCCGAGAUGGCACCGGUAUUUGAGAAAGCGGCACGGGAGGUGCGAGCUCGUCCAGAGCAAGACGACCACCGCGAGACGGAGGAGGAUUCGUACUUCUCGGUCAUGGGCAAGGCCCGUCUUAACACAUCUCGCGAGACGUCAACAUCCACACCCACAUCCGAGUCACCCAAGUUGAACUCAACCACGCGAGACCUCUCACCACGAGGCCUCCCGGCUGGCUGGAGAGUCGUGGAAAAGGUCCAGGAACGGGAGGACGCGAAGGGUAACGUUCACGUCACCAAGACAGUCACGACGUUCAACGAUAGGGGCGAGGAGGUCGGCAGGCAAACUGAGAGGCGUUCCGAGUACGCUUGGACGGCAACUUUCUCGACGGGCAAUGGCAAGAGCAGGGAUCAGCAGCAGCGAGAUACCAACGGGGAUGGAAAUGACAAGAGCAGUUGGUUCUGGAAAUGA